AUGCAGGCAUUGGUAAGUGCUGUACCUAUUAAACACCUACAAAGUACAAACGCUACAAGCAACACCCACAGCGCUCCUCCCCAGUGCAGAGACGCGAAGCAGAGACAGAGCCAGUGCAGAAGCCGCGAUGAACAAGCAGAGACGCCCACGCACGAGAAGCAGAACCGCCGGCUGGACGCUGCGUGGCGGACAAACAGAAUCCAGAUGCAGCGGGAGAAGGCCUGUAUCGAGAGUCCUAUCGGGCUCUCGGGGCUCGCGAUGCAGUGCAAAGGCCACUACCAGACCUGGGAGCAAGCCUGUGCAUGUGCACUGUGCAGGCUCUCUUCCGGGGGGCUGCUGGAGCUAUGGGAGGAGUAUUGUGAUCCCUUCUCUACAUUGAAGAUCACAUUGGAAUCUCUCGAGACGUGUCAAUUGACUUCAGCCGGCUUCACUGCUGCUUGGGGAGAUCCAGCAUCAGGCCCUCUUCUCCCCACCACCGACUCUCUGCCAGCCUCAAGGGAAAAUACGCGCGGAACUCCUCCAUCAAUGACGACCGUGUGCGCAGCGAAGCUCGAGCAAAGUUUGUCCCAACGUUCGCCAAGUUCGCAAGCAGCUCGCGCCAAUUCUUGCACCUUGUUCGCGCUAGGCCAUACACAAUGCGCCAGCGGUGCCAGUGUUAAACGAGACGACCAGGUUGUCAGUGAGCCAGACCGGCCGACAGGGAAGAGGGACGAGAGAGCUCAACCAGCCAGCCAGGGAGCCUAG